AUGGCAGCCACUCCCGACUUCACUCCCCCUGCAUCCCCACCUCACACACCCCUCCUCCCUCCUCCCGCCCAGGACCCGGACACCGACUAUACCCUGCGCCCCCACGCCUCCAUACCGCCGCCCGCCGGCCCGCUGCUGCUCAUCCUGCUCAGUGGCAUUGCGGCAGACAACUCGGCGGCCGCCGCAGCCUCCGCGUCAGCCGGCGGCGGUGCAUCCAGCGAUCGCCACAACGCGGUGCGCGCCGCCGCCACACCUGUGCUAGACGCCGCAAGGGCCGCCGCCGCCGCCGUCGGUCGCAUCCGUACGGUACGUGCAGCCGGCGAAGCCGUUGGCUUGCCGGCCGCCGCCGCAGGCGCCGUCGCCCACAGCGAAGCCAGCCACCUGACUCUUGCUUGUGGCCGUGCGCUGCCACAAGCCGCCAGCUUGGUGGAUGCGGCCCUGGCUUCCGGUGCGCUGUUUCGGAGCCCGGGCUGGAGGUACCUUAGAGGCGCUUUCGCGGCGCCGCAUACCGUACACUUUAUAGGCCUGUUGUCCGAUGGCGGCGUGCACUCGAGUGUACGGCACCUGACGGCGCUGCUGCGCGGCGCAGCGAGCCGCGGCGCGCGGCGGCUGCGUGUGCACGUGCUGCUGGACGGUCGCGACGUUCCUGACGGCUCCUCAGUGACGUGUGUUGACGACCUGGAGAGCGAGCUGGCGGCGCUCAGAGCGGCGGGGUGCGACGCGAGGGUGGCGAGUGGCGGCGGGCGCAUGCGAGUCACCAUGGACCGAUAUGAGUCGAACUGGGCCGCGGUGAAGAGGGGCUGGGAUGCACACGUGCUGGGGGAGGCGCCCCACAAGUUCCCGGACCCCCUCACCGCCGUCAUCAAGCUGAGGGGCUCCGAGACCAAUCCCGUAUCGGAUCAGCACCUGGAGCCAUUCGUCAUCGUGGAGGAAGAGGAAGAAGAUCCUGUGGGUCCCAUUCUAGACGGCGACGGCGUGGUGCUGUUCAACUUCCGCUCCGACCGCAUGACGCAGCUGGUCCAGGCGCUGGAGGCGCCCGAGGGGCAGUUCACGGGGUUCGACCGCGGGAGAGUGCCCAAGGACCUCCGAGUGGUGGGUUUAACCCGCUACUGCCACUCCCCCCGACUGCCCUCCCGCUGUCUGGUGGCCCCCGCUCGGGGCCGCCGACCCCACCUCCUGACCAGAUACCUCGCGGCCAGCGGGGUACCCGCACUGGCAGUGGGGGAGCCCAGCAGCGCGGGACACCUGACGUUCUGUUGGAACGGCAACGCGUACGACAAACUGCACGACGACAGCAUUCUGGACGAGCACCGCGUGGUACGGCAGGACGUGGAUGGGAAGGGGUCCAGGUUUACAACAUGCAUUCGAGAGGCGCUCCAUGAGGCUCGACAUCGCUUCAUCCGGGUGCUGCUGCCGGAUGCGGACUUGGCGGCGCAUACGGGUGACCUGGCCGCCACCAUUCGGGCCGUGGAGACCGUUGAUGCGGCCGUUGGGGAGCUGAUAUCAGCCGUUGACGCGGUGAACGGUAGGUGGCUGCUGACGUCAGACCACGGCAAUGCCGACGAUAUGGUACAGCGCGACGUAUGGGGUUGCCCACUGUACGACGAUGACGGUCGGCCGCUGCCGUACCCGGGUCACACGAAUGCACCCGUGCCAGUGCUGUUCGGCGGCGCGGGUUUGCCAGACGGAGUUCGGUUUCGGAGCGGCCUUCCUGAGGCGGGGCUGGCUAAUGUGACAGCGACGCUGCUCAAUUUGCUAGGUUUCGGGGCGCCGUGUGCGUACGAGCCGAGCUUACUGGAAGCACGAUAG